GCCGCCGCACGCACGAUCGAUUCCCCACAAAAAGAAAAUAUCUCUCGCCCGCGAGCCGAGAGCGAAGAAGAAAAGGCAGCAUCAUCGUCAUCGUCUCCGGCCGGCGGCGAGGAUGGGACGGAACAAAGCGAGGCGGCUCUCCGGCAGCCGGCACUUCCGGCAGCGGCUGGUGCUGGCGACGCUGACCUCCAGCCCGAUCGCCAUCGAGGGCAUCCGCGCGGGCGGCGGGGGGCUUCGCCCCCACGAGGUCUCCCUCAUCCGCCUCGUCGACAUGAUCUCCGACCACCACAGCAUCGAGCUCGAGGUCACAGGGACCAAGCUGACGUACAAACCAGGGGUGAUCGUCGGCGGGAGGGGCCUGGAGCACGACUGCGGGGUCGACCGGGGCAUCGGCUACUUCCUCGAGCCGCUCGUGCUGCUUGGGCUUUUCGCUAGGUCGCCUGUAUCGAUUCGGCUCAAAGGAAUUACAAAUGAUACAAAGGACCCUUCUGUGGAUACUUUCCGGAUGGUUACCUUGCAUAUGUUCAAGCAUUUUGGUGUUCCUCUUGAGGGAUUCGAGCUAAAAAUUGAAAGCCGUGGAGCUCCUCCUCUCGGUGGUGGUGAAGUGCAUCUUCGAGUUCCAAAUAUAAGCAGCACAUUAACGGCGUCUAAUUGGAUUGAUGAAGGUAAGGUAAAGCGGAUAAGAGGUGUAACAUUUUCCACCAGAGUAUCUCCACAGAUUGAAAACCGAAUCCUCUAUGCUGCACGUGGAGUGUUCAAUAAGUUUAUACUGGAUGUUCAUAUAUUCACUGAUCAUAGAUCUGGUUCCUCUGGUGGAAGGUCAGCUGGCUAUGGUGUAUAUCUAGUUGCUGAGACCACGACAGGCUGUCUAAUCUCUGCAGAUGCUACUGUGUGCUAUCCAAAUGUUGAUGAAAUGAGUGAAGAAUCUGAGAAUCCCGAGCUAAUGUCUCCGGAAGAUCUUGGUGAUCAAGUUGCAAAAAUGCUGUUAGAUGAGGUGGCUCAAGGAGGAGUUGUUGACUCAACACAUCAGGGCCUUCUGUUUAUUAUGUGUGCUCUAUGCCCACCCGAUGUGUCAAGGGUCCGUGUAGGGCAGCUGACACCACACGCUAUCGAAACACAUCAGAACAUCAAGGAUUUCCUUGAUGUCAAGUUCAUUAUCAAGUAUGAUCCAAAUUCAUACACUGUUACUUUAAAAUGUGUUGGUGCGGGAGUGAAGAAUCUUGCCUGGAAGAUUUCAUAAACGAAAGAUCAUGAAUCUCAUCAAAGAUGGAAGGAUGCAGCAGUUUUAUAGCUACUGUUGUUGCUGAAAUUUUGUUUAAAAGUGCAUGAUAUAUCUUCUCCCCUUUGGUAGUUUUGAUCUGAGUUAUUUGUACCAGUAAUGGAAUUGCGUAAUUACUGUAUUAUCGUGUACACUUGAUGGUAUCUCAUUUCCUUGAUCUAGUAGAGCAACUACUGUUUAUCCUC